UUUGACAAUUGGAUGAUAUGAACGUAGACUCUAUAGGGUCCAGCUUAUUUCUCACUUUCAGUUCCUAUUUAUCUGGUGAAGUCAGAGCUCAGCGACGUUGCGUGUUUGUCUGUGAAGCAACAAGAAAAAGUUAACGUUCAUCACAAGCUUCAAGGACCAAGAUUCUCAUGCUGCCUUGUUUACAUGAUGGACGGAUAUGUCAUAUCAUCUGCCUCAGAAGAAAUCAUUCCAAAUGAACCUGGGGAGUAUCGACCACCCGCAGAGCUGUACCCCUACCUCACUAACGUGGGGGAGAUUUAUGAGGACCAUAGAUGGGUUUUCCACUCUGAGCGCGUCCAGCCGACGGACUUUGAAAAUUCUCCAGUGAAUCAUCUCACAGAGCUUCAAUCUGUGUCUCCUCAACAACUGAUACAACCCUACCGCUACAGCAGCGAGUCUUUGCCCCUUCACCUGGAUCCACCACUCGGGCCUCUCUCUGUGUCACCACAAAUCCCAUAUUACACUUCAUCCUUGUGCUACCAGUACCAACCUCCUGCCUCGCCGGGCCAUUACUACUCAGAAGAGGAACAAAGAGGAAUGAGUCCCCCACUUGAGGUAUCAGAUGGGGAGGAUGAAUUUGAAGACCACAACCACUCCUCCUUCAGGAAAGACACUAACAACAAGAAGAAAAUCCGCUUGUACCAGUUCCUCCUGGACUUGCUAAGAAACGGCGACAUGAGUGAUAGUAUCUGGUGGGUGGACCAGGACAAGGGCAUCUUCCAGUUCUCCACAAAACACAAAGAGGUUCUGGCCAGUCAUUGGGGUACUCAGAAAGGAAACCGUAAGAAAAUGACCUACCAAAAGAUGGCUCGGGCUCUGAGGAACUAUGGUAAAACUGGAGAGAUUAAAAAGGUGAAGAAGAAGCUAACCUACCAGUUCAGUGAGGCAGUGCUGAGGAACCUCUACUUACGCCAGUAUCCUCGCUGAAAGGGAACAAUGGCUGUCUUUUAUUACGCUGAAAUCACUAAACUAGUCAAGAUUUGCCUGUUUGCCAUUUCACUUUUUUUUCUACCAAGUUUUCUUAUCUAUUUAUUUGUGAUGUACAUCUUCUACUAUAUUUGCUUCCAUAUAAACGGCUUCAAUUUCAGACUCAAA